AUGGCGACCGAAGAAGACAUCGCGUGGUUUCAAUCCACUUUUCGUCCUAUUCCGAAACCUGAGCUUCCUGACGAUUCGGUCGAAUAUUUCAUUUACCACCUACCCUCCCCCGCCCCCGCCGUUUUCGACGAAGCCGCGGAGGCUCGAGCGCGAUUGCUGGAAGUACAGCGCACUGCUGCUGAAUUAACGAAGGAGCUUCUGAAAGAUUAUAUCUGGCAGCGUGAGAGCUUUCGCCUGGAGAUAAGCAAAGAAAAUGGCAUUACCGCGCUACAUGGACGUACCAACUACGGGGACUCUAUUGAGGACGAAUGGGUAAUUGUCUAUCUUCUUCGGGAGUUGACAAACCGGCAUAAGGAUAUUUGGGUAAAGGUUGUGGAUAGCGAUGGCGAAUUCUUGCUUGUCGAGGCCGCCGGCACACUUCCUGCAUGGCUGGAGCCCGAGGUUGCAGACAAUAGGGUCUGGAUUCAUCAAGGACAGCUCCGGAUUAUCAAGCCAAAGCAAGACAAGGGUCGAAGAGUCACCGAAAAGCUUACGCUCGCCGACGCAAGGAAGGUUAUACAGAAUGAGCCAGAUCGUUUCAUGAAGUCAACAAUAAUUCAAGAAGAGGCAUUUUACCGACUGCGCAAUUACCCCAAGCAGAUUACCGAGAACCUCCACUCCGCGAUCCUCACAAUCCCACGCAAGGUCGCCUUCCUCCUCCAUCAAAAGCCAGCGUACAUAUCCCCUGCAGUGGAGGCGUUUUAUAUCCGAGACCCGAUCGCUCUACGACCGCUUCGAACGAAGGAUGCCUCCGAACUUACCUUCAGCCCUGAUGACUUGGUCACCGUGAGCGUUAGAUUCACACGAGUUGGAUAUGCUCAGUUGAAAAGCCAGGAAUUCCCAGUUCCAAGCAGUUGGGCGCCCAAAUUGCCGCUGAUGGAUGAUGAAAAAGCAUUCGCUCGCGCCGAAGCGGGGAUGAAGCUUGCCUGUGGCUUUGAAAUGCUGCUCCACGAUCCUCACCACCAAGACAAAGCCUCCGUCCGAGAAAUGAAGCUACUUCUAGAGGACAUCGAGACUGGAGACGAGCAGCUUCCUACCGAUGAGGAAAUUGAAAAGUCUUGGGACAAACGGGAAGAUAGUGAGAAGUGGAUGGACAUCAACUUUGAGGAUCUGGACAGAGAGCUCAAAGGAAGGGGAAAAUCCAGCGAGAAGACUGGGGGUGAUUUUGGUGAUGCAAGCGCGCAAGAAAAUCUGCAGCGAAUCGUGGCUCGCUUUGAGGAAUUCCUAAACGACAACUCGGCAGGCUUCGAAGGAGCAGACUUUAUCGACGAUUUCGAUUCCGACUCAGAUGUUGACGAGGACGAUGAAGAUGAUGAGCUCAGUAGCGAUGGGGAAGACAAAGAUGCCUCUUUUGACGAGGAAGAGUUCUCUCGAAUGAUGAAAGAAAUGAUGGGCAUGCCGUCUGGGUCUGGCCAGGGUCCGGAUAUCUCUACGCCUCUGCGUAACCGGAUCAAAGAGCUAGACGACCUUGAAGAAGAGGAGGAUGAUACCGAACAGAUCAAGGAGUUGUCACGGCAGAUGGAAGCUGAACUUAAAGGAACCGGUGUGCUUGAUCUUCACAAACACCAACAGAAACUGGCCACUGGGGCGAGCUCCAAGGGCAAGACGGCAGUGUCAUCCAAUUCCGAACUUGAGGUGGAUGACGAGGAUGACGACGUCAAUAUUAACCUGGCAAAGAAUCUGCUUGAAGCUCUUCAGGGUCAGGCAGGUGCAGCUGGUCCAGCCGGAAACAUGUUGUCCAUGUUGAACCUCCGUAUGCCUAAAGACGACCGCCGUUGA